UCUGUGGUGAGGCUCAAACUGAGGCAGUGAGGUGCAUCACUUGUAACGGAUCCAUGUGUUGCAGCUGCGGUCCGGUCCAGCAGAGUCCAUGCCUGUGUUUGCGCAUGUCUGUUCCUCUCCUAUAAAAAACCCCGGGCAGAGAGAGGAGAGGGAGAAAGGGAGGAACCGCAGAAAUACAAUGAUCUCUGAAACUGGGAGCGACAACCUGAAGGCCGAACAUCUCUACACCGAACCGAGCUUCAUCCCAGCCUCCCCCGUCUCCUCCUCUUCCUCUUCCUCCUCCUCCCCGGGAUCCGGGCCGCUCAGCCGGAGGCGGGACCCGCAGACCAGCAGCGGCAGCAUCGUCCCGGAGGAGUCCGGCAGCAUCCAGCCUCUGGUGGUCUCCGCCCGCAUCAUGACAUCCGGGGAGUUCAACCAGAGCGCCCCGCUGCUGGCGCACCGGUCCACGCGAAGCCUCAUGUACAAAACCCUCUGCUUCCUCCUCCUCAUCUUCCAGGGCGGUGUCCUGGACUUCUACCUCAUCAUCUUCACAGACCUGUACUGGUGCUCCUGGAUCGCCACGGACCUGGUGGUGAUCUCGGGCUGGGGGAUCUUCUUUAUGAAGAACGCGCGCAGUAAGCGCGAGCGGGCCUGCGGGUUCCACCAGAAGACCUCCAUCUUCGGCUGCAACCUGGGAGAGUUCACCUACGCCUACCUGGCCUGGCUCAUCUACGUCAUCGCCUGCACCCCGAAGGUGGUGCUGGUCCUGGAGACCUCCAUCCUGGACCUGAUCGCGCUGAAAGUCCCGUGCGGGGUGACCGGGUUCAAGAUCAUCAUGCUGCUGUCUGCGCCGCUCCUCUUCUGCCUCAUCAGCUCCAUCAUCGAGGACCUGAACGGAGCCACGCGCCACCACUCCCACAGCUGCUUCCUGAGCACGUGCCUGGACCUGCUGGACUGCUUCACCCUGAUGGAGAUGCUGCUGCGCGGAGAGAUCCCCACCGUGUACCUGAAGUACACGGUGGUGUCGGUGUACUUCGUGGCCCUGGCGGUCCCGGUGGUCUGGCUCUACGAGCUGACCGCCUCCGAGCUGCGCUGCCGCUGGCUCUGCGCGCGCUUCUGCACCGGCCUGCUGGUCAACGCCCCCCUGCUGGUGGUCCGCUGCUUCCAGGUCUACGUGUACCAUCUCCCGGUGUCCGUGUUCAUGCUGAAGAACAUCUUCUUCCUGGCCUGCAGGCUGCUGGAGCUCGUGGAGCAGUGCGUGGCGGUGCGGGGAGUCCGCAAGCUGGCCGGCAGCAGCAACACCGCGCAGUUCUCCCACUGCGUGUCCGAGAACGACAUGUGUCCGCACGGGUACGUCAACACGCUGGCCGUCACUCAGUCCUAGAGACAGGGACGGACCGGGUUUCUCAGACCCGUCAGUGAUCAGGGUUUCUCUGACUGUGAGAUCCAGAAUAAUAAUCCCGGAUUAUAAUCAGAAGUCCAGACUGUUUGGAUGAGACUCAACAAACCUACAUGUAAGAAACUGACCCUGAGAAACUUUAAUUUCAUCCUGUGAGGAUGAAAGGGUUAAUGUGCUUUCAUUAUGUCUAACAGCAGGGCCGGAUCCCCCUGCAGCUGGCCCCCGGGCACACUAGGCCCCCUGAGGACCCCCUCUUUAAACAAGUCCUUACAUUAGAUUUGAAUGUUUUCCCGAUCAGGUGAUCAAUAACCAAACAAAAGAACAAACUGAAAUCUAAACGUAGAUAACUCUGAUCAGAGCUGAGACGUGUUCCUGAACGCCUCACUCUGGAUGAUCCAUGGCACACAGCAGCUGCUUUUAUUUAACGUGUGAUGAAGAAAUGUGUGUGUGAUCAUCCUCAGUGAUGUGAACAUUCAACCUGAGAUUCAAAAAUCUGAAGAAUCCAUCAGAGUUUGACAAACUGGUGAUAAAAUAAUCUACAGGGUGAGUUUACAUCUAACCCACUGUAUUAAAGUCUUCAUAUGACGACAGCUCCACAGUUAUAGUUUGUUUCCUGUGGCCCUGGCAUGAAAUAACAUCUCUAAACUCCUCUCAGCUUAUUGUGCCAAAUGUCAAACAUAUAUUUAUUUAGCACUUUGUGUCAUAAAUUGACAUUCUGUGUUUGCAAAGAUCAUCAGACUUUAAAUGCUGCAAAGAGUUGGAGGGCCGAGCAUGAGGACAGAAAUCAGAGGUGGAAGAUUAUUUGAUCUUGUAUUUAAAGAAUAGAGUCAAACUCUCAGUAUCAGUGCCAGGUAGUAUGUUUGUAGUAUCGACAGCAGGAAAAG